AAAAAAAAAUAUCAUAGAUUUAGUAACAAUCAAAGCGGCUAUUACAUUAUAAUUAUGAUGGUGACGUUACAGAAAAGAAAACAGAUGAAUAAAUUGAGUGCGGGCAUUUCUAAAAAUCACAAGACUGUAUAUUAUAAUGUGUAGUAUCGAAUAACCUUGAGCGAUAGACUGUGACACUGGCGUUUAUAGGUUUACAGAACUAAUAGUCGGAUAGGAAGGUGAACAGAUUGGGAAACCUGAAGGAGGUAUGGUAGGGAAAGAUUUAAAGAAACUUUAUAAGUAAAAAAAGAAAAAUGUGAGUAAAUUUCUGUCUGAAACGUGCUACGAAAUACACUCAUUUACUAAGGGGAGUACCGCAACCUCGAGGAAUAAAAGAAGGAAGGCUUAAGCAUAUUGAGGACUGAUAUGAGGGACUUGGCUCGUGUCCCAUCAACUUAGAACUGCCGAUCAGUUCUUCUCCAGCUAUCAUACUAGUGUCUACCAAGUGCUCAAACAGUGUCUUGUUUAUACUUUGUUAGACACUUAGUAUAUUUUAUUUCUAAUUAUUAUAAUUUUAAUCACAAAUAAUAUCAGAUAAAAUGACAAUGAAAUCGAAACCGACAAUUGGUGAGUGGUUCAAAAAUCGUCAUGUGCUAAUUACGGGAGCUACAGGUUUUAUGGGUAAAGUACUUGUUUCGAAAUUACUGGUGAGUUGCCCGGAUGUUGAAAAAAUUUAUCUACUUGUACGUGAAAAGAAAGGGAUUGAUCCACAGACUAGAUUGCAAUCGAUUGUUCAGCAAGAACCAUUCAGACAGUUACGUGAGCACCAUCCAGAAAGGUUGAAAAAAUUAUCAGUGAUACCUGGCGAUGUGACCAUCGAAGGACUCGACUUAUCACCGAGCAACAGAGAUUGUCUAAUACAACAAGUCUCGGUGGUAUUUCACGGUGCAGCGAAUGUCAAGUUCGACGUACCGCUUAAAGAUGCCAUCACCAUGAAUACCAAAGGAACUGCGAAUGUUUUAGCGCUAGCAAAACAGAUGAAUAAUUUGAAAUCGUUUGUCCACAUUUCGACGGCUUUCUCACAAUGUGGAGAAAAAGUACUCGAAGAGCGCGGGUACCCCACACCUAUUUCGCCGGAGAAUGUAAUGACACUUGUCGACAUUGUGGAUAACGAUCUUCUUGAGGCGUUGACCCCCAAGUUACUAGGAGUUCAACCUAAUACCUACGCCUUCAGCAAAUCUUUGGGCGAGGAUUUGGUCAACAGAUCUGGUCUUCCUGCUGGAAUUGCAAGGCCUUCAAUUGUGAUUGCAUCUUGGAAAGAACCGGCUCCAGGCUGGAUAGAGAGCAUGAACGGACCAACAGGACUGAUGAUCGGCGCAGCAAAGGGUGUAAUCCGCAGUGUACUUUGCGACCCGAAUUUCCUUAUUGACGCGAUACCCUGCGACAUUGCUGUGAAUGCUAUAAUCGCACUCUCAUGGAGAGUAGGUUUGGAGAAUCCAGAAAAACCGAUUUUUGUAAAUGUUACCGAAAGUGGCGAGAACCCGAUGACUUGGGGAGAGGCAUUAGAAUACGGUCGUAAACACACUCUAUCAAAUCCAUUUUCAGGGAUUUUGUGGUAUCCAAGAGGAGGAAUAACCAACAACAAAUUAGUACAUUGGAUUUGUGUAUUUUUACUACAUUUAUUACCGGCUUAUUUUAUCGACGGUGUUUGUCUCUUAACAGGAAACAAACCGUUUUUAGUUAAGAUUCAAAGUAGAGUAAGCUGGGGAAUGAGACUAGUUCAAUAUUACACGAUAAAAGCAUGGAUAUUUAGAAAUGAAGGAAUAAAAGAACUGAGACAAAGUUUGCCGGUAGUGGAUAAAGAGACAUUCUUUAUGGAUACCAAAGCGUACGAUUGGGACCCUUACAUGAAGACUUAUGUCCUUGGGGCCCGAAAAUAUGUCCUUAGAGAGGAUCCUUCAACCCUUCCUCAUUGCAGGUACAUAUUCUUCUGGUACUGGGUCGCUGACGGGAUCGUCAGAUUUGGACUCCUUGCUCUCUUUUCUUGGUUCAUCUACACGCUGAUAAGCCCGUGGCUUUUCACGAAAACACUCGUCGGUGUUCUUGAAAACUAGCAUCAAUCAGUCUACUUAUUAUAAUUUCAUUGUUAUUAAUAUUAUUAUUAUUAUAAUUUUUAUCUUCUUUUAAUUAAAUUAAAUAAUGACUUUGUCAAAGAUUGACUGAAUUAAUUCAAUCAUCUUUAAAUUCACCGCUAUCAAUUAUUUAUAAUAAGUAAUGUAGAAUUAUACAUAAGUUUCUCUAUAAAAGGCAUUAUUUAAGUAAA